UCGUCUCUCAACGUCUAAUUUGUGCUGUGCCACUGCCAUUGAUUUAUAGCUAUCAGCUAUUGCGCAGGCAGGAAGAUAGAAAUGGGUUAUACAAAGGAUCAGCUUCUCGCUCGAUUAAAGGAACUUCAAAUUGAUUUUAUCCAAUACGAACAUCCCGUUGUUUUGACUGUUGAAGAGCAGGCAAAAUAUGUUGGGGAUAAAGGAGGUGGACUUAGUAAGAACUUAUUUUUGAAGGACAAAAAAAGUAGGCUCUAUGUUGUUUCUGCUUUGGCAGAUACCAAAGUAGAUAUGAAAGUUUUAUCGCAAAGGCUGGGUUUGGGGAAAGGAGGUAUCAGAAUGGCUCCUGAAAAAGAAUUGACAGAGAUACUUCAGGUCCCGUUGGGUUGUGUGACCCCUUUUGCUAUGAUGAAUGAGUCGGCAAGAGAUGUCUCACUUUUGCUGGAUAAAGGAUUUAUAACACAGGAACGUUGCUUCUUCCAUCCACUAUCAAACGAUAUGUCAAUUGCUCUUCAUGCUCGUGAUCUUGACAAGUUUCUCAAAUCAAUUAAAAGAGAGCCCGUGUAUGUUGACCUGGAGGCUAAUCCAGCAGUAGGGAAGGAUCAACCCCCUGAUUUGGCUGAGUUUGUGCCAUCUAGCUCCCCUAUUCUGUCUGAUCCUUCAGAAAAGACGGUUCCCUCACAAGGGCAUAGUGGAAAUCCUGUUUCUUCAGAUAAGAAGUCCUCAGUUACUGCAGGGAAAACUACCAAGCUCCCCAGUACUGUUAAAAAUGUUGACAAACCCGCUGUUGCUGCACAACAAAGAAGUGUUUUCUCCGAUGCUGAACUACUAGUGGAAGAAAUCAUGAAAAAGACAUCUGAUGUUUUGCUUUCAGAGAUUAAAGAGAACUCCAUCAAGCAACAUGGUGAACAGCUCGGCAGUGUGGUUGCUGACAGUAUGAAAAAGCGCCUUAGCUCAGAUUUGAAAAGCCUAGCAAUAAUGUUUAAGAAUACGGCUUAUGCGCAAGGGUUUUAUGCUGGCACUCAUCAUCAUCCAAAGCCAUUGUAAACUUGUUUUCAGUCAGUUGAAGCAAAAUGCAUUUAAACAUUUGAUAACAGAUGUAUGAUCUUACAAAGUGGUAAAUGGUAAUUGAUUAACAAGUUUCAAAUUGAUUAUGGUCAUUCAUAUUUAUUGUCAGCUUUUGCUGGUGCUUCUGUUGAAACAAGAGCUACUAAUAAUGUUUUGUAAGCAGUGUGAUUUUUCAGCAAACUUUAAGCAA